CACAAAGGUGGGCAUCUGUUAUGAGCACGUGCCAGAGGUGAGCUCGCUCGUCCAUCCUGAUAUUGCUGCUUUUUCCCUCUCUGUCUGUCUCUCUCUCUGAGUCCCCCUGUGGUGAUUAUUUCCACUUUGCACCUGACCCUCAAAGGCCUUGGCCAUGCCGCCCCUUGGGCCCCCAUUCCUCCUGACCCUGCUGCAAUUGAUUGUACUUACAUAUGUAAGUGAUGGAAAGUACUAUGGACACAAUCAACACCCUCAAGCCUACCAACAGCAGAUGCAAAUGCAACACCUCCAACACAUGGGCAUGGGCAGUGAAGGCUACCCCCAGCAACAGUACAUCGGCAAAGAUGCGCCCUAUAUGCACUAUCCCCAAUAUAGGAAAGAACUCCCCCAAAUGCCCAUAAUGAAGGGCAAAGAAAAGGCUCGCAAAGGGGGUGUCUAUAAUGGUGGACAAGACAAAGGUCAGACAAUACCAAGUGGUGCUGAGGGAAUUCCCCAAGGACAACCUGGUCCAGUUGGCCCACCUGGUCCAGAAGGACCUAUAGGUCCCCCUGGACCUCCAGGCAACGGCCAACCAGGACCAGCAGGGCUACCUGGACCUCCAGGUCAACCAGGACUACCUGGGAUGGGUAAACCAGGGUUACAAGGACCACCAGGCAGACCGGGGGGGCCCGGUCUACUUGGGCCGCCAGGAGAAAUGGGCCCUAGGGGCGAACAGGGGCCGUCCGGACAACCAGGACGCCAAGGUCCACCAGGACCACCUGGGCUACCUGGAAUUGGUAAACCAGGUGUCCAGGGACUACCAGGCCAACCAGGGAUGAAAGGAGAGCCAGGCCACAAAGGACUGCCAGGACUUCCUGGAUUACAAGGACCCAAAGGCGAUAAAGGAAUGGGACAACCAGGGCAACCAGGUCAUAAAGGUCUACCCGGACCCCAGGGCCCUCCUGGACCAAGAGGUUUACCUGGUUUUGGAAAACCAGGUUUGAAUGGGAUGCCAGGCCCACAAGGACCUCCUGGAGAUAAGGGGCAUCCAGGACUGAAAGGACUAAGUGGGCCACCGGGUGAAGGAGGACCACCAGGCCCGCCUGGCCUGCCCGGGCAAGGAAAACCAGGUCAAAAUGGUCUACCUGGACAGCCAGGCAUGCAAGGUGCGAAAGGUCAUCCAGGACCACCUGGUUUACCAGGAAAGCCAGGGGUACCUGGCUUUGGAAAACCAGGCCUUCAAGGACCAAAGGGUGAUCAAGGUAUGAAUGGACUACCUGGACCCCUAGGACCAAAGGGAGAUAAAGGUCAUGCAGGAUUACCUGGUAUGAUUGGACCAGCUGGCCCAAGUGGUCAACCAGGCCCUCCAGGACCCAAGGGGCCAUCAGGAGGUGUAGGCUUACCAGGUCCAAAAGGAGAAUGUGGUGAAGGAGGACCUAAAGGGAUUGAUGGAAUUCGGGGUGACUCCGGUACGCCUGGAUUACCUGGCACUGAUGGUUUACCUGGAGAACGUGGAAGUCCAGGGCUGAGAGGUCCACAAGGACCAAGUGGCACCAAAGGAGACAAUGGACAUAAAGGCCUUCCUGGCCCACCAGGUCCACCAGGACUUCCUGGGCUCAAAGGAGAAGGUGGAUUUCCUGGUGAAAUGGGACCUCAGGGUCCGAAAGGAAUCCCUGGUAUGGAUGGUGCAGCAGGGCCAAUUGGAUCACCUGGACUUCAAGGGCCAAAAGGAGAUUUUGGCCCUCCUGGUCCACCAGGCAUUGCAGGUGAAGGUAUUCCAGGUCAUCCUGGUCCUAUUGGACCUCGGGGAAAAGACGGCCCAUCAGGACCUCAAGGACUGAGCGGACCACCAGGCCCUCCUGGACCCCCUGGCCCACCAGGAGAAUCUGGUGUGUCUCCGGACUUGGCUGGAGUGCUCUCCCAAAUGGGCCCCGGCCUGGAUGGUGAAAAGGCUGGUGGCUACGGUAAAAAAGGCAAAUAUGGAGGAAAUGGCGCAGAAGUCAUGGGAGCAAGUGGGCUGGAAAUGCCAGCAUUCACAGCUAUUUCAUCAUCUCCAUUCCCACCCGUGGACACUCCGGUGGUGUUUGAGAAGCCUUUGUACAACGGUCGCCAAAACUUCAACCCCCAAACGGGAAUAUUCACCUGCGAAGUCCCUGGCAUUUAUUACUUUGCCUACCACAUCCAUUGCAAAGGAGCCAAUGUGUGGGUGGCCCUGAUGAGGAACAAUGAGCCGGUGAUGUAUACAUAUGAUGAAUACAAGAAGGGAUACUUGGAUCAAGCAUCAGGAAGUGCAGUCUUACCUUUACAGCCAGGGGACACUGUAUACAUUCAGCUGCCCUCAGAUCAAGCUGCAGGACUUUACGCCGGAGAGUACGUGCACUCGUCUUUCUCCGGAUUUCUGCUGUAUCCAUUGUAAGCGAAAAGUGAAGAAUAGGAGAUGGGCUGCAUUUUUGUUGCCAAAAAGUGGACUUUUAAGUAAAAAUCUGGGAACGUCAUAACUGCAGAUGAGAAGGUGGUUUGGUUAUCACAAGGAAGGACGAUGGUCUGUAUCUAAAACCCAUUUUACACCACAGAGCCAUUAGUCCAUGUGCCAUUUUAUAUGUAUAAAGGUAUAGAAUAACCUAUGAAAAGGCAUUCACCGAGGACCUGAAUGACUUAUCGUAUUCCCUCAAAUAGUGGCCUCCUAGAAUAGACACGGUGUCUCAAUUCGUCGCCGGGUGUGUCGCCAAUUUGAAGUCUGCCGUUAACUAAAACAGAAGCACCAAAAGAGGGAUGUGAAACAGUCUCUCAGAUAAGAGUGCCAUACUGCUGUUUGUUGUAAACAAUAAUAAUGAUUUUACAUUAUGGGGAGACUAGAUUCGAGUUCCAAUAGACUCUGCCAUGUCGCUCCACAAUGUAAUGUGCGUCCAAGUGUACAUUCCCGGCAUCGAUGCGCCUGAUUUUUUUUUUCUCCUCCUAGUCACUCAUUUCUUUCUGCAUUUUCUCCAUUAUAAUAAAAAAGGCAUACAGUACAUUGAUGUAAAAAUUUAUAUGAUUUUUCUAGAAAUCGCAUUUAUACAAAUAGAGGACGUCUCCGCCCAUCUGCAGUUGAGUCGCCAAAUGCCCCUGCCCACUAGAUGAGGAAAUCGGGUAGUUUUGAUGAAAUUCCGGCAAACCAAGUGAAUGCAGUUUAUUUGUAUGUUUCAACGUGAGGGCAGGAAGGGAAUUUGUAAAGUAUGCAAAGAACAACUGAGCAUAAAAUAUUGUUGCAAUAAGGUGUUUAAAAAAAUUAGGAAAAGUGGCAGCUACCCAACGUGGCAAAGAAUGUGAAGUUCAGCCAAAAACGUAAACAGAUACAUUGAUGAUGAUUGAUGCCCCCCCCCAUCCAUACCAAUGUGUAAAUACAACUAUUGCCUUAAACAUUCCAGUGUUGUGCCACAUGCAGUAUAUACACAUUUUUCAGAGAAUAACAUCAAAUUAAUUGUGCUUUUUUUACUUACUUAUGCCUGCUUUGCUCUAAUUCUGCGAGGAACUUUAACAGACUUGGCGGUAUGAUCAAUGCCCUGCAGAGAAUUUAAAACUAGAUGCAAUACCACUCCCUACGAACAAGAAACAGAAGAGGCAUUUGUUAUGAAAGCCAAUGUGAAUGGAUAAAGAAGUUCUUUUAAAAUCAUUGUCAAAUUUCAUUAAAAAUUCCAUUCCUGACCAAUGUCACAAUAUCUGGGUUUUUUUCACAUUAGUUUUUAUCGUACAGUGAUUUCAUUUCUGCAAUUGUUGCUGCCAAUCUGAAAUGUGUAACGGCAGGAAAAUUACAUUUAAAAGGGGGAAAUGAAACAAAAUUUGGUGUGAAGAUGUGUCAAAAGUGAUGGGACAUGGGUGAGUACUUAUAAUGUCAGUAAUUUAUUAUUUGGACCGAUAAUUGCCUUACAUAUAGGUGUAAGAGGCGUGUGGGGGAGGAAUUUUGAAAAUAAAAUAAAAGGUUUUUCUUUCCAAGCAUGGUGCUAAUAUUGUCAUUGUGACCUGAGAGUUAAUGUAUUAAUGUUUCACUGUUAUAAUAAUUAUUUUUUUGUCAAUGCUGUUUUUCUAAAUAAAGAUGUUAGUGAAAAU